CUUGAUUGACUAGCAGCAUUCGGCUUUGCAGAUGCCACAUUCCAGACAGACGUUUGUGCAUAUAAAAAAGAUCUGUAACCGAGUAAAGGGAGACGUAAAGUAAACAUUUAAGUGUAAAUGUUCAUUCAUGGUCGUAACAUAGUACGUUUACCGAUUUCCUUUUUACGGUUACAUUACAUGUUUCACGCACGGCUUUUCUUACGAUCCUAUGUCCUGGAGGAGGAGGAGUCGGUGGCACCAACCCCCUUCUCAUGUAAUGGGGUAGGGCCAUCCCAAGGAUCCCGGAACGUACGGACGGUUACACUGUGGUAGUGGGGAACAGGAAGUUCCGGACAGGCGCGCAACAUUCUUCAGACUAAGGAAAGCGUGCAGUCAAGAAGAUAACCAUUGUGUCCGUUUCUAUUUAUUACUACAGAAUGAAGAACGUGAUAACUACUUGACAAGUUACAUAACUAGAGACUUGGUUUGUCUGAGAGGAUAUACAUACUUUUCUCAAGAAUUAAGUCUGAGGCCGGUAACAUCAACAGUGAGGACAGACCCAGCCUGCCUCUCUCCUUCCACACUGAGUCCAAACCUACAGUCACUGGGUCCUGAUUGUGACAGUGGAGCCCAGUUUGCACUGCAGGAUCCAGAGAAGGCAUCAGUGAAGCUGGAAGACUGCAGUCAAACACUGGAGCUGAAUGUCAACAUUAAAGAUGAAGAGGAGGAGGAGGAGAAGAUAGAACCUGCUCUUACCAUGAGAAACAGAUGUCCCUAUCUAAUGAGGACAGACCCAGCCUGCCUCUCUCCUUCCACACUGAGUCCAAACCUACAGUCACUGGGUCCUGAUUGUGACAGUGGAGCCCAGUUUGCACUGCAGGAUCCAGAGAUGGCAUCAGUGAAGCUGGAAGACUGCAGUCAAACACUGGAGCUGAAUGUCAACAUUAAAGAUGAAGAGGAGGAGGAGAUUGGGAAAUCUGUUUCUCAUGGAGACCAUGUUGAGACAUUCUCCACAUCCAGAGAGCAACAGCAGGAAGAUCACAGAGCUAAGAGGUCUCACCACUGCCCACAUUGUGAGGAGAUUUUGCCAUUUCUAUCAAAGCUAAAAAUACACCUAAAAAUACACACAGGAAAGAAUCUGUAUUCCUGCACUGACUGUGGGAAGAGCUUCACAACAUCAACUAAGCUAAAAGUUCAUCAGAGAACGCACACAAGAGAGAAGCCUUACUCCUGCUCUGACUGUGGGAAGAGUUUCUCCCGAUUGGAUAACUUAAACACACAUGAACGUAUACAUACAGGAGAGAAGCCUUACUACUGCUCUGACUGUGGAAAAUGCUUUAAAACAACAGCUGAGCUAAAACUUCACCAGAGAACACACACAGGGGAGAAGCCUUACUUAUGCUCUGACUGUGGGGCGAGUUUCUCUCGGCUGGGCCACUUAAAAGUACAUGAACGUAUGCAUACAGGAGAGAAACCUUACCCCUGCUUUAAUUGUGUAAAAUGCUUCACAACAUCAACUGAUCUAAAGGUUCAUCAGAGAACGCACACAAGAGAGAAGCCUUACUCCUGCUCUGACUGUGGGAAGAGUUUCUCCCGAUUGGAUAACUUAAACACACAUGAACGUAUACAUACAGGAGAGAAGCCUUACUACUGCUCUGACUGUGGAAAAUGCUUUAAAACAACAGCUGAGCUAAAACUUCACCAGAGAACACACACAGGGGAGAAGCCUUACUUAUGCUCUGACUGUGGGGCGAGUUUCUCUCGGCUGGGCCACUUAAAAGUACAUGAACGUAUGCAUACAGGAGAGAAACCUUACCCCUGCUUUAAUUGUGUAAAAUGCUUCACAACAUCAACUGAUCUAAAGGUUCAUCAGAGAACACAUACAGGAGAGAAGCCUUACUUAUGCUCUGACUGUGGGUUGAGUUUCUCUCGACUAGACCACAUAAAACUACAUGAACGUGUACAUACAGGAGAGAAGCCGUACAUCUGCUCUGACUGUGGAAAAUGUUUUAAAACAACAGCUGAGCUAAAAGGUCAUCAGAGAACACACACAGGAGAGAAACCUUACUCCUGCUCUGACUGUGGAAAGAGUUUCUCUCAACUGGGCCAGUUAAAAAUACAUGAACGUAAACAUACAGGACAGAAGCCUUACUCCUGCUUUUAUUGUGUAAAAUGCUUCACAACAUCAACUGAGCUAAAAGGUCAUCAGAGAACACACACAGGAGAGAAGCCUUACUCCUGCUCUGACUGUAGGAAGAGUUUCUCUCAACCAAGCCACUUAAAAAGACACUGAGGUAUACAUAAAGGGGAGAAGCCUUCCUUCUACUCUGACGAUGGAAAAUGUUUUAAAUCAUCAGCGGAGCUAAAAGGUCAUCAGAGAUCACACACAGGAGAGAAACCUUACUUCUGCUCUUACUGCAGCAAGAGUUUCUCCCGAUUGGGUAAUGUUAAAAUACACCAACGGAUACACACUGGAGAAAAGCCUUAUCACUGCACUGACUGUGAGAAGAGAUUCUCUCAACAGAGCAAUUUAAAAAUGACACCAAAGUAUACAUAAAGGAGAGAAGCCUCAUCAGUUCUCUCAGACCAGCUAAGAUUAGACACUCCACUUAAUUAUCAUAAAAUAAUUGGCAAUGUUGAAUUGGAUCAAAUGAAGAAAGCAUAGAACACUAUUGAAAUCCUAUUGUUUCUCACUGUGAGAGAACUGUGCAGAGGAAAGGGAGUGUUUAUAGAAUGUUAGCCUCUCUUUACUUUAGUGAUCAGUGUGCACCUUGUCAGUUUUGGUGAGUGUUGUUAGCUUCUACUGUAAAGAUAUUGAGAUGACCUUGGAUUUGCCCUUGGGGUUGAAUAUCCUCUGUGAGGCGUCUCACAAUGGAGUCUGAUGGUUGACUGGGUGGUACUGCUUCCCUCUGCAGAUUUCUGUGGGAAUGAGCUGGUAGACACAACAUACUCUGAGUGUACAAAACAUUAAGGACACCUGCUCUUUCCAUGACAUAGACUGACCAGGUGAACCCAGGUGAAAGAUAUCAUCCUUGAUGCUGUUUAUUUUUUAUGGAUCCCCAUUAGCUUUUAGCAGAAAACAACAAACAGCAGUUGGAAUGGGCUAAGGAAUGAAAACACUGGACACUGGAGAAUUUGAACAACAUUGCCUGGUCUGAUGAAUCCCUGAUCCUGCUGUUUCAUGCUGAUGGUAGGACUAGGGUAUGGAAAAACCUGAGUACAUGCAUUCAUGCUGUGUGUCAGCAUUGCAGGCUGGUGGUGGUUGUGUGAUGGUUUGUUUUCAUGGCACACAUUGGGCAUUUCAUGCCAAAUAAUGUCCCCCGGCCAAAUAGUGUCCCCCUCUACGUCACAAUGGGAUUGGAUAAACUAUUAGCGUCCGUUGCUAUACCAAUGGUGUGAUGACCUAAUGAUUAGAAUUUUGGAGAUCAUUACAGCCUAAAUUACGUUCUUUUCAUCAUCGCUAUGGAAACAAGGCUGAUUUCCCCGACAAUUUCGCUGUUUAAAAGUUUUGUUUAGCUAAUCAUGAAUUCGUACUACUUUUUGGUACCUUGUUAACAUUACAACAUGAAAUCCAUGUCUUAAAUGUUGCUACAUUUCAGAAAUGGCAAAGAACACGUGUAAUCUGCUUGACACAUUAAAGUGUCUUAACUUAUAGAUCACGAAGUCAGCUAAUUUCCAUUUGAUUCAUAAACGGGCUUGUCUGGCUGUCCUGUUUUAUUUUAACUGUUAUUUUAACCUAGCCCUUGUGGUUGAGUAUAUGUAUGUAUCUAUUGUAGGUCCUAGCAUACAACAAUGAAUAAUGUGUAACAAAUAAAUACCAUCAAAGGAUACCUGGCAAUAUUUAAGAUUGUAAUACAUAAACUCUGAUUGUUUUUUGGUA